AUGGAACGGGGCGGUGGUUCGGGAGAGCGCUCACGGAUUGCUGCGAAGACUCCUCCGAGCUAUUCGGUGCGCGAUGGGCUUUGCAGGACUGUGUCUUGUACUGGAACUAGGCGCAAUUUUCAAAAGAGGAGAUCCAAAGUGAUUGUCAGUGAUUCCGAAUCAAGUGAUGAGUUUGUGAAACCGAGCGUUGACCGCAAAACCCUUGUAGCUAAAGGUAAGGCGAAGGACAAGGUAGACGUAUUUGAGUUUGACGAGUACGAUGGGUUUGAUAGCGCAAAUUUGAGGAGGAAACGUUUUGAUAAUGGCAGUGUUGGUGUUAGCGGAGGAAGCUCUUUUGCAGCUACAAGAGUUGAUAGCUAUACUAGUGUGGGAAGAUCUGGAUCUUCAGGGAGGGAUGGUGUAUUUGUUAGGAGAAAGAAACCAUACGUUAAUGGCGCAAUGAGUAGUGAAUCUGACUCUGAUGAACCAGUAAGGUUGCAGGGGAGAAACGGUGUUCUGAAGCUCAAGGUGAAUAACCAAACGAGCACACUUGCUGCUUCAGUCAAUCACCAGGAAGAAGACAUGUAUGAGAGGUCGUCUUCUUCCAGGAAGGUAGAGAAGCGUGAGAAUGUUGUAGUGAAACCAAGCUUUAGGAGAUCAAUGAAUAGUGAAACCAUAAGGUUGCAGGGGAGAAACGGGGUUCUGAAGCUCAAGGUGACUGAUAAGACGACCACUCUUGCUGCUUCAGCCAAUCACCAGGAAGCGGAGAUAUAUGAGAGGCCGUUUUCCUCUAGCAAGGUACAGAAGCGUGAGAAUGUUGACAAGAGUUGGGAGUCAGAAGAGAGUGACAGGUCGAGGAGAUGCAAAAGGAAGAAACCAGAAUGCCAAAUGAAACCUGGUGUGAGGGAAGAAAGAAGAGAAAGGCGUGGUGGAGGAACAGAGAAGCAAAGAUUACGUGAGAAAGUUAAGGGAUUGCUUAUUGAUGCAGGAUGGACGGUAGACUAUAGACCUAGGAGAAACCGAAGUUACAUGGAUGCUGUUUAUGUGAACCCCUCUGGAGUAGCAUACUGGUCAAUAAUUAAAGCAUAUGAUGCACUUCGGAAGCAGUUAAAAGACCAAGAGAUUGACGCUAGGUCUGUGAAGGCUACUGCUGCUGCAGUUGCUUCAGUAUCGGAGGAUGUUGUCAACAGUUUAGCAAGGAAGGUGAAGAAGACACAGACUGAGAUGACUAAGCAAUGGAAAAAGGAUUUCAGUGGUAGCGAGAGUGAAAAGGAAAGUGAUACUCGCAGAGAGAGGAUGGGUUCAGAGAAAUCAAAUAAGAGAGGAAGAAAUGGAACCGAUGAUUUACACUCGAAAAGUAAAAGACUUUCCUACUAUAGUGAUGCAAGGCCAUCCUCUGGAUCAGGUUCACAUUAUCUACAUAGAAGAGAAAGCAAAAAACUUGGAAGAUGUACUUUGAAGGUUCGUAGUUCUGAGGAUAAAAGAAAUACAGAGAUCGAUGGUUUCAAUCCGUACUCUGGGAAAAGAACAUUGCUUUCUUGGUUGAUUGAAUGUGGAGUUGUCCAACUAAGACAAAAGGUACAAUACAUGGACCAUCAAUGCACAAAGGUGAUGCUCGAGGGAUGGAUAGCUAGAGCGGGGAUUCAUUGUGUUUGCUGCAGUAAAAUCCUCUCAGUUUCCAGGUUUGAGAUCCAUGCAGGGAGCAAGUCAUGUCAGCCUUUCCAAAAUAUUUAUCUGGAAUCUGGCAGCUCGCUUCACCAUUGCCAAAUCAAAGCGUGGAAUAUGCAGAAAGAUGCUACGAGUCUUGGUUUCCACCACGUGGACACUGAUGGUGAUGAUCCAAAUGAUGACGCUUGUGGUAUUUGCGGCGACGGUGGAGACUUGAUUUGCUGUGAUGGUUGUCCAUCAACGUACCAUCAAACCUGCCUAGGUAUGGAGGUGCUUCCUCUAGGUGAUUGGCACUGUCCAAAUUGCACAUGCAAAUUUUGUGAUGCUGCUGUGGAUUCUGGUGGCGAGGAAGGAAAUCAUUUAUCAUUACUUUCCUGCAACAUGUGUGAGAGAAGAUAUCACCAAUCAUGCAUGAAUGAGCUGGGAGCUCAUAAUGUUCAAUCCUUUGGUUCAGCUUCGUUUUGUGGGCCUAAGUGCUUGGAGCUCUUCGAAAACUUACAGAAGUAUCUUGGUGUCAAAAAUGAAAUAGAAGGCGGCUACUCAUGGUCUCUUAUACACAGGAUGGAUACUGAUUCAAACUCAAACUCUCAAAUGUCGGCAAAAAGGAUUGAAAACAAUUCAAAGCUAGCUGUCGGGCUGGCUAUCAUGGAUGAAUGUUUUUUGCCUAUAAUCGACAGAAGGAGUGGUGUAAAUCUAAUCCGCAAUGUCCUUUAUAACUGUGGAUCCAAUUUCAACCGGAUUAAUUACAGUGGCUUCUACACUGCUAUACUAGAGAGAGGAGAUGAAAUUAUAUCUGCGGCUUCUCUCAGGUUCCAUGGAAUGCAACUGGCGGAGAUGCCAUUUAUUGGAACCAGGCAUAUAUAUAGGCGUCAAGGAAUGUGUCGUAGGCUUUUUGAUGCAAUCGAAUCGGCUAUGCAUUCUCUCAAGGUGGAGAAAUUGGUGAUUCCUGCGAUUCCAGACUUCUUGCAAGCGUGGACUGGUAAUUUUGGAUUCACUCCUCUUGAUGAAUCAGUUCGGAAAGAGAUGAGGUCUCUCAACACAUUAGUAUUCCCUGGAAUAAGCAUAUUACAGAAACCGCUUGUGAGGUUAUAG